GCUAAUCGUACAUGUGUUUUUCCUUGAAGUUCCUGUGAAGUUGGACGAUGAUUCCGUAGAACUUGAGACAAAGGCAAAAAACUACAAGCCAUAUUAGAGGUGACAUGGAUAAAGCAAUCGUCGACAACCCUCAGGUUCCGCGCCUAAAACACAAUCGGGCUCGACUUUUGGUGGAAUACUUCUGCACUUUCGUGCCUUGUAUUAAAAAUAUCCAAGACCAAAAGAAGAUGCAUCUUCAAGCUCUUAAAUUGGUCAAAUGUUUGUGUGCGAGAAUUAGAUCUCUAGAUGAUUCAAACGCUUACAACUUCCAUGCAAAAGAUGCACUCCUUAUGGCAGCAAAUUUAGGGAUUCACGAAGUUAUGGAAGAAAUUGUGGAGUCAUUUCCUAAUUUACUUUGGGCUAAAGACGAGAAAAAUAUGAACUUAUUCCAAAUAGCUGUUGUAGAGCGUCAUGCGAACUUCUUCAACCUCAUAUAUCAGAUGGGGGAUUAUCAAGAAGUUCAAGUACGAAUAAAAGAUGAUUCUGGAAACAACCUCCUACACUUGGCCAGAAGACUAGGUCUAAGGAAACACAACAUGGUUUCUGGCGCAGCUCUGCAAAUGCAACGUGAGUUGCAAUGA